GAUGCCAUAAAUUUUGUUCUUCUACGUUCCAUCUCUGUAAGCAAAAAAAAUGGAAGCUACCAUCGUCGAUUCAGACAGUAGACCGACGAUCAUGAUCACCAACGACGACGGAAUCGAUGCGCCCGGUAUUCGCGCUUUGGUUCGUGUCCUCGUCUCCACUAAGCUGUAUAAUGUUCAAGUCUGCGCGCCUGAUUCGGAAAAGUCAGCUGUUAGCCAGUCUAUUACUUGGCGUCAUCCUAUUUCUGCUAAGAGAGUGGAUAUCGAAGGAACCACUUCUUAUGCUGUUUCUGGAACUCCUGCUGAUUGUACUUCUUUGGGAAUAUCUGGAACUCUCUUUCCGUCAAAACCUGAUCUGGUAGUCAGUGGCAUAAACAUGGGUAGCAACUGUGGUUACCACGUUGUAUAUUCCGGAACAGUAGCUGGUGCGCGAGAAGCCUUUUUUAAUGGCAUUCCUUCAGUUUCUUUAUCUUAUGACUGGGUUGGAGGUAGGAGCAAUAUAAAUGACUACACACUUGCUGCUGAGGCUUGCUUGCCCAUAAUAAGUGCAAUUUUAGCUGACGUCAAGGCUCAAACUUUUCCUCAAAAUUGUUUCUUGAAUAUCGAUUUUCCAACAGAUAUUGCUAAUCAUAGGGGAUAUAAAUUAACCAAGCAAGGUCGAUGCAUGUACAAACUGGGUUGGAGAAGGGUUACUUCUGACUCUCCAGGAGGUAAAAUGUUGUCAACUAUGACUAUGGAGCCAGCAUCAUCAGUGGAAUGUAAUACUUCGAAUGAAUCCGAGCUGUUUACGAGGCAGGUAAUAAGUCCACCUGUUGAUGAUGAAGAUACAGAUUACAAAUAUCUACGAGAAGGCUAUAUUACUGUCACUCCUCUUGCUGCCCUGUCUCGUGCAGAGGUAGACUGCGAAAACAUUUUGGAAGCUUGGUUACUUGGUGUGGUUGCUCCGCCAUCAGCUUCUGCUUUAUAAUUCCGUUUAGGCAUUUUGUUAGAUUAUCAAACUUCAAGCAGAGUAGUUUCUUAAACAUUAUCCUUCGCUUCAUGGUGUCAGAGAGCAGGCCUUCCAUGUCAUGAAAAAUAAUUCCAGACUGAAAAUUGUUAAGCAAAAGGAGCUUUUUAAGGCUUAUGUUUGCCGAUUCUUUGAAAAAGGACUCAAGAUGACAGAAACUUGAAGUAAGAGUCCUUUUUUUCUUCCAAUACAUUGUGACACUCUAAUAAUGUUCCAGUUAGGGAUCUAAAACGAAACAACGUUGCAUCUGACAAGAAUAAAUUUUUAGAAUUAUUGAUCAUGAUAUUAGAGUAUGAAGUUUUAAUCCAUGGAGGAUGGUAGAAACGAUGUGAAAUAUCAGUUCAUUGAAGUUUUACGAUACUCAUUUAUUAUCGUAGUAUGAUAAUGAGACAUUUC